AUGUCUGAUAUCAAAAGUACAUCAGAAUCAGAAACUGGUGGGUCAACAUCUAAUAUGAAUUUACACCUUGCUAAUGAAUAUAGUUUGGUCGAAUUUCAGAAAGAUAAAAAGGAUAAUAAUAAUGAUAAGCCUUCAAGUUCUCAACUAUCUGUAAUAAAGAUGUUACAACGCACAAUUCCUCCUCAUAAAGAAACCAAAAAGAUUAACAUUCAUAGAGCAGUUACUGAAUGGCUUGUCAUUGAUAAUCGUCUGCUUGAUACAAUUAAAGGGAAGGGUUUCCGUCAUUUUAUGCUUCAGGUUGAUCCCGCUUUUCGUCGACCUUCCUAUAAAGUAUUAAGAAAAAAUAUAUCAUUUGCAAAUACAAAUACAAAGAAACAAAUAUAUAAUCUUUUAAAUGAAACUUGUGAAAAUGUUUCAUUAACUACAGAUCUUUGGACCUCGCGAAAUAACACAGGAUACAUUGGCAUUACAGCACAUUGGUUAAACAAGCAAUUUUAG